UCCUUAUUGGCUAGUGGCUAGUGUCCGACCUGAGUCCGGAACCUGCGUCCCGAUUCACUGUCUUCACCUCUUACCUCCCCCCUGCCCCCACCCCUCCAGCUUACCUCCCCUCUCCAGCGUGUCUUCCCCUCUCCUCCUGACUCUGUCACCCUCGGGGCUGGAAGGGUUGCUCUCCACCCUAGAGGAGUGGGAGGUGCUGGGCUUCCGGACCGACACCGACGCCCCAUUCCCGCCCGCAGCCGCCUUGUCAUGCUGCCCAAAGUGGAGACGGAAGCCCCAGGACUGGUCCGAUCGCAUGGGGAACAGGGGCAGAUGCCAGAAAACAUGCAAGUGUCUCAAUUUAAAAUGGUGAAUUACUCCUAUGAUGAAGAUCUGGAAGAGCUAUGUCCUGUGUGUGGCGAUAAAGUGUCUGGGUACCAUUACGGUCUCCUCACGUGCGAAAGCUGCAAGGGUUUUUUUAAGCGAACUGUCCAAAACCAAAAAAGGUACACGUGCAUAGAGAACCAGAAUUGCCAAAUUGACAAAACGCAGAGAAAACGAUGUCCCUACUGUCGAUUCAAAAAAUGUAUCGAUGUUGGGAUGAAGCUGGAAGCCGUAAGAGCCGACCGCAUGCGAGGGGGCAGAAAUAAGUUUGGGCCAAUGUACAAGAGAGACAGGGCUUUGAAGCAGCAGAAGAAAGCCCUCAUUCGAGCCAAUGGACUUAAGCUGGAAGCCAUGUCUCAGGUGAUCCAAGCAAUGCCCUCAGACCUGACCUCUGCAAUUCAGAACAUUCAUUCCGCCUCCAAAGGCCUACCUCUGAGCCAUGUAGCCUUGCCUCCGACAGACUAUGACAGAAGUCCCUUUGUCACAUCUCCCAUUAGCAUGACAAUGCCACCUCACAGCAGCCUGCAUGGUUACCAACCCUAUGGUCACUUUCCUAGUCGGGCCAUCAAGUCUGAGUACCCAGACCCCUACUCCAGCUCACCUGAGUCAAUGAUGGGUUACUCCUACAUGGAUGGUUACCAGACAAACUCCCCGGCCAGCAUCCCACACCUGAUACUGGAACUUUUGAAGUGUGAACCAGAUGAGCCUCAAGUUCAAGCGAAGAUCAUGGCUUACCUCCAGCAAGAGCAGAGUAACCGAAACAGGCAAGAAAAGCUGAGCGCAUUUGGGCUUUUAUGCAAAAUGGCGGACCAGACCCUGUUCUCCAUUGUUGAGUGGGCCAGGAGUAGUAUCUUCUUCAGGGAACUGAAGGUUGAUGACCAAAUGAAGCUGCUUCAAAACUGCUGGAGUGAGCUCUUGAUUCUCGAUCACAUUUACCGACAAGUGGCGCAUGGGAAGGAAGGGACAAUCUUCCUGGUUACUGGAGAACACGUGGACUACUCCACCAUCAUCUCACACACAGAAGUCGCGUUCAACAACCUCCUGAGUCUCGCACAGGAGCUGGUGGUGAGGCUCCGUUCCCUUCAGUUCGAUCAGCGGGAGUUUGUAUGUCUCAAGUUCCUGGUGCUGUUCAGCUCAGAUGUGAAGAACCUGGAGAACCUGCAGCUGGUGGAAGGUGUCCAAGAGCAGGUGAAUGCCGCCCUGCUGGACUACACGGUUUGCAACUACCCACAACAGACUGAGAAAUUCGGACAGCUACUUCUUCGGCUACCCGAGAUCCGGGCAAUCAGCAAGCAGGCAGAAGACUACCUGUACUAUAAGCACGUGAACGGGGAUGUGCCCUAUAAUAACCUCCUCAUUGAGAUGCUGCAUGCCAAAAGAGCCUAAGUCCCCACCCCUGGAAGCUUGCUCUAGGAACACAGACUGGAAGGAGAAGAGGAGGACGAUGACAGAAACACAAUACUCUGAACUGCUCCAAGCAAUGCUAAUUAUAAACUUGGUUUAAAGACACUGAAUUUUAAAAGCAUAAUAAUUAAAUACCUAAUAGCAAAUAAAUGAUAUAUCAGGGUAUUUGUACUGCAAACUGUGAAUCAAAGGCUGUAUGAAUCAAAGGAUUCAUAUGAAAGACAUUGUAAUGGGGUGGAUUGAACUUACAGAUGGAGACCAAUACCACAGCAGAAUAAAAAUGGACAGAACAAUCCUUGUAUAUUUAAACUAAUCUGCUAUUAAGAAAUUCAGAAGUUGAUCUCUGUUAUUAAUUGGAUUUGUCCUGAAUUACUCCGUGGUGACGCUGAACAACUCAAGAAUACAUGGGCUGUGCCUUGGCAGCCCCUCCCCAUCCCUCCCACCACCACCACCCCCACCCCCACAAGGCCCUAUACCUUCUGACCUGUGAGCCCUGAAGCUAUUUUAAGGACUUCUGUUCAGCCAUACCCAGUAGUAGCUCCACUAAACCAUGAUUUCUGGAUGUCUGUGUCUUAGACCUGCCAACAGCUAAUAAGAACAAUGUAUAAAUAUGUCAGCUUGCAUUUUAAAUAUGUGCUGAAGUUUGUUUUGUCGUGUGUUCGUAAUUAAAAAGAAAACGGGCAGUAACCCUCUUCUAUAUAAGCAUUAGUUAAUAUUAAGGGAAAUCAAACAAAUCUAAGCCAAUACUCCCAACAAGCAAGUUAGAUCUUACUUCUGCUGCUGUUGCUGAAAUGUGGCUUUGGCAUGGUUGGGUUUCAUAAAACUUUUUGGCCAAGAGGCUUGUUAGUAUACAUCCAUCUGUUUAGUCAUCAAGGUUUGUAGUUCACUUAAAAAAAAAUAAACCACUAGACAUCUUUUGCUGAAUGUCAAAUAGUCACAGUCUAAGUAGCCAAAAAGUCAAAGCGUGUUAAACAUUGCCAAAUGAAGGAAAGGGUGAGCUGCAAAGGGGAUGGUUCGAGGUUCAUUCCAGUUGUGACCCGAGCGUCCCCAAAACCUGGGAUGCAAAGACAGUGAUUCUGCAUAUGGCCUGGAAAGACAGGAAAGCCAGUCUCCUACAAAGGGGAAUGGAAGAUCCUGGCCUCUAAGUCAUAGACCAAAGUCUGCUGUAGAACAAAAAAAAAAAUACUGGAGGGCAGAGAUAGCAAACCAAGUCUCCAAACAAUGCUGUCAGUAUUAGCAUGCGGUGCCGUGGGCAUGGAAACCUUGCCUUACUUCCUGGUCCUAAAAGGGAGCUGUGCAGAUGUGGAUCAACAUUUGUUGAAAAUAAAGUAUUAAUACUUUAAAAGUCAAAUAAAAUAUAGUGUUUACAUUCUUUAGGUCCUGGGAGGAGUUGGGGGGGGGGGACUCUGAUAAUACAGAUAGUAAAAGCAGUAAUUUCUUUAAUGUUAUUUUUCUGGUUAGUAAUUAUUUUUAACAGUACUUAAUUACUGUAUGUCGUGAGACACUAAAAUCAAAAAUGGGACUCUCAUUUUGUCUUUAUUUGUUAAGAUUACCAGCAGCACAAUCAUUUGUAGAAACUGUAUAAAAAAAAUCUCCUGGUCCCUUAAUUUUUUUCCACAAAUGUUUCUGGCUUUGGAAUAGUUUAUUUAUAUUGUAUAUCAUAGUUUCAACUAUAGACAAUUACAAUGCUAAUUUAUUGUUCCUUGGGUUCCCCUUUGUAUAAAAUAGAGCCAAGACUGAAGAAACCAAAUAUAUGUGUUUACUAUAGCAUGUCUUCAAGUUAGUGAAACAUAGUUCAGGGGUAUAGAAGGGUCUUAAUGAUUAAAACCAUCCACUUGAUUACAUGUCUCAAAACUCCCACAAUCCAUCUGUAGUUUAUUUAAUAUCCAUUGUAAAUCAUGUGACUUACAACUUUUUCUUGGUUUUAACGCAUUUUAACAUUGAAGAGUCUUACCUGGUUUUCCUUUCCAAACAUUGUAAGUUGUAUACCAAAGAUAUUAGUUUAUUACUUCAGUGUGUACAAAAAAAUUAUUUUAUUACAUUUCUUAAUGGCCUCUAAUAUCCAUCCACAGGAAGGACGCACACUAGCUGGGUUGGGAUUGACUCUCAGUGUUAUCUUCAUGGUUCUAGGGAGGAGAAAAAGUCAUCAGUCAAAGCUCAGAUCCAAAGCCUUAAACCAGACAGAGACAGGGCUGCUCCUCCCGACUAAAAACCAAGUGGUUAAAGGCACAUGAGAGAGACUGGAGAUGUCAGUGGUUAAUGAGAGAGCUCUAUCCUGGAUGUUAAUGUGACUAGAAGGAUGGCUAUUUUGAGGGUUUUUGACAUUGAAAAAAAAUCCAUGUUUCCUUAUUUUAAAUAUAUAGUACUCCCCCACUGACUAUUCCACCUAAAAAUUGUAGCUUUUACCCUGAGCAUGGUUAGAGAAACAGGCGACAGUCACAUCCAUACCAAGGACAGAAGCAGUUUGAGCAGGUGUCUAUAUGGUACCCUGCAUCCGGGGCCCUUUGGGAACUGGCCGGUUAUCUGAUGUCAGUAGGUAGCCAGUUUGCAACUUAGCCAGCUGCCUCAUUGAUUCUGAGAUUUCCUAAUAAAGGCAGACUAAAGACGAAGGGUCUUCACCUGAGCCGGGUUUCCCGUAGCUGGUCUCUGUAGAGAGACAGUCUGUGACGUCCGAGUCUUUGGACUGUGGCUCCUCUGCAUCUCUCUUGGACUUGUAUCCAUGCGGUGUUCCGAGUGUGAAGUUGGUUACUUGUUGACGUUUUCUUACUGUAUCAGUGAAACACACAUUGUCAUGUCGGUUCUUGCCAUGAAUUUCUCAAUGAAAUGGAUUUUUUUUCCAGUAUUUCAAUAAAUAUUGAUAUGUCCACCUGGUAACUUUUUAAA